UAUUUACAACGAGUAUCUUGCGAGAUCGCACCCGCGCCGGGCGUCUGCGCAACCCAAACCUCAACCGCAAAAAUGGACAAGAAACGUGAAAUACCCCUUUGCGAAGUGUGUCAUCAACCAGCGAACCAAACUUGCGGGGGCUGCAAACUAGUAUACUACUGCUCAAAGGCCCAUCAGAAACUUGGAUGGCGAGAAGGCCACAAGUUCAAAUGCUGCGCCUUCAAGAUCCAAUACUCCGACACCCUUGGCCGCCACAUGGUCGCGACCCGAGACAUCAAGCAAGGUGAAAUGAUAUUGAAAGAGAAACCGGCUGCAAUUGGGCCGAAAAUGACGUGCCCGGCGAGUUGCCUAUCUUGUGGGAAGAAGCUAGAACCUAUCAAGUUUGGCGAUGUCUACGACUUCUAUAAAUGUACUUCGUGUAACUGGCCCAUGUGCGGACCUCAUUGCGAAAAGGCUGACGUACAUAAAGGUGAAUGCAAAAUCAUGACAGAUAGAAAAUAUAGAUGCAACAUCAAGUAUGAAAGCCCAGAUAAACCUGAAGCGGCAUACUGUGUUAUAGCUCCUUUAAGAGUCUUACUCAUGAAAGAAAGUAAUCCUCUUCAAUAUGAAAACAUUAUGAAUUUGGAGUCUCAUUUGGAUGACAGAAUAAAUACACCUCUAUACGUUGUACUGAAAGCGAAUCUCGUAACUUUUGUUAUUCAAGUCCUUGGCCUGGCAUGUGAUGAGGAGACUAUUUUGAAAGUGGCAUCGAUAUUUGACACCAACUCCUUUGACGUCAGGUCUCCAGAUACAACGAAAAGGUUGCGUGCUAUUUAUGUGACUGCAUCUAUGAUGGACCAUAGUUGCAAGCCAAACACUAGGCAUAUUAUACUGGGCGAUGAUUAUAAUGUCGCUUUCAUUGCAACCGUGCCAAUUGCUAAAGGUGAACUUAUUACUACAACGUAUACUCAAUCACUUUGGGGCACUUUAGAUCGUAGGAAACAUUUGAGGACAACCAAAUGUUUUGACUGUGAAUGUGACAGAUGUAAGGACCCCACUGAACUUGGAACUCACUUAGGAAACAUAUACUGUUCACUAUGUAACGGCGCGUCUGGUAUGACAGGGGCUAUGCUCAUGUCAUCAGAUCCUUUAGACGAAACAGCAAUAUGGAAAUGUGAAAAAUGUGAACACUACAUACAAAGUAGGCAGAUGUUUUGGGGUAACAAUGCUUUGAAACAAGAUCUGAAUAAAAUUGACAAGACUAGUCCAAGAGGAUUUGAAGAGUUCAUUCAGAAGUACAGUCAGACGCUACACCCUAAUAACCAUUUAGUGGUACAAGCUAAAUUAGCGUUGAUACAGAUUUAUGGAAAUUACAAAGGAUAUACUUUAUCAGACUUGUCAGAGGGGCUCCUUAAACGCAAAAUAGACUUGUGCCAUGAGAUGUUGGAGCUAGCAGAUAAACUGGAACCAGGGUUCACAAGGUUCAGAGGAACCCUACUGCUGGACCUUCAAGCUGCAAUGACGAUUCAAACUAAGAGGGAAUUUGAGGCUGAAAAGAUUACGAAAGCUGGUGCUCAGGACCAACUGAUGCAAAGCAUGGCUUUGUUGCAAGAGGCGACAAAUAUACUCCGAGUAGAACCGCACAUGAGAGAUUCACUGGAAGCUAAGAUUAUGGAGCUAUCCAGGGAGCUGGAUCUUACAAGUGAUGACUCUGAAACUUUAUCAAUUGAUUGAUAUUGAAAUAAAAAACUGGAAGACAAGGUGGUGAAUUUCAUAAACUGUGAACAAUAACGUAAAAAUCUCAUUAUAAAGGGCGUCGCUGAUAAUGGAAAUAAAAUACAUUUUGUUAUGUAUACUAUGAUCAUAGUUGAUAAAAGACAACAUAAUAUAAUUACUGUUAAGAAAAUGAUUGAUGAAUGAAAUAAAAGUGUGUAUGCAAAUA